CGCAAAACAUCAGUGUAACAACAGACACUUGCUAACGAAUGGCUUGACUCCUUUCUAUCGUCUGAAGUUAGCUGCUGUGCACCUGAUCGAGGACAAGAUGAAGAAUGAUCACUAACUCGCGGUGGUGCAUCACUAACCCAAGACGCUCGAGAGGAGUUUUUGACUAGCCUCCCUGCUGGCCCUGAUCCAGCGAUGGCCUUGAAUGGGGUAGCAGGUAUUAUUUAUGAAAGCUGACAUGCCUAGGGACCCGGAUAUUUGCGCCAUUUUACAGAAGGCGUAACUAACUUGAAGCGCUGGAAUCUAUGUUUGAAGGCGGCGCCCAGUUCCCCCGGUGAAGAAUUGAGGUUGUGAAAACCCACCCGAAUUAGGAAUAGCGCGGUUUUCCCAUCAACCACUCUUUUCCCACUUGAAAGCGACCUGGAAGUCUCAACCCAUGAUUUUCCCUUCUUCCAUCAACAAAAACGCGUUAUCGCCACUUUUUCCAACAACUACUCCGUGCUGACCCAACCUCAACCUCGGACCUUCAUCACCUCACGCGACAUAUCGAUAUUUAGGACCGUGCGACAUAUCUAAGACGCAAAAUGCCCGGUGGAAAAGGCAAAUCCGUCGGAGGCAAGGGUGCCCCCAAAGAUGCUUCCGGCAAAACUCAGAGAUCCCACAGUGCAAAAGCUGGUUUACAGUUUCCUUGUGGCCGUAUAAAGCGCUUUUUAAAGAACAACACUCAGAACAAGAUGCGCGUUGGCGCAAAAGCCGCUGUCUACGUUACGGCUGUCCUCGAAUACCUCACUGCAGAAGUGCUGGAACUCGCUGGUAAUGCUGCCAAGGAUCUUAAGGUCAAGCGUAUCACACCCCGCCAUCUACAGCUGGCUAUUCGCGGCGAUGAAGAACUGGAUACGUUGAUCCGAGCCACUAUUGCGUUUGGAGGCGUUCUCCCACGCAUCAACCGGGCCCUGUUACUCAAGGUUGAACAGAAGAAGAAGUCCAAGAUUGAGGCAUAAGCGGAAUGUCGUUGAUACCGGACCGAGUAUGCAGGGGGCUAGGAGACCCGGCGCACCCGAGCUUCGAUUUCAGUGCUAUCAUAUAUAAUAUCUUCCCCCCGAGCAUUGGUUCUAGACAGCAAGCCUGCUUGAAGCCGGUCCACUAUUAUGCUCAUGAUCAUGACAUUGGCUUCAACUUGUGGCCUUGGUCCGUUGUCAUGCAGUACCCUCGACACUUCUCGUCAAGUUGAUGCCUUAUAUAUCUGCUUGCUCUCCCUUUCUCUUAUUUUCUCUAUGAUUAUUCUCGCUUUCACUUUUAUUCAGGCGCUUUUCUGGGUGGGUUGACUGGUGGGAAGGAUGAAACUCAAAAUCCGGGUUCGGAAGGACAGUCACAAAGCUGGUAGCAUGUUUGAUUUCCCUCUUUCCCUUCGCUGUGGCUUUCUCUCUUAUCUUCAACGCUGGGCUGUUUUUCGCCCUUGAUACUCUUGUUGCUCGCUCUACCUACUCUAAUUUCCGCUGUAUAAGUACUUUUAGUCUCUUGGAGUCACCAAUCAGAAUGAAAAACAUGAUGCUACCGGCCUC